GCUUGGCUCCCCUCCCGCCAUGGCUCGCCUGACAUCAUCAUGGUGGAUGCUGACGCUUCUGGUGAUUCUCCCGGCGCUCACCACGUCAGCUAUCGCGGCGGAAGCUUCUGGCGAAGCUGUUACGGAGCCCAAGCCGGAUCCCGUUCCCAUCACUCCUCCUUUUUCGGGGAAUGAAUUCGUCGUGCCCCAGUCCUUCCUCUACCCCAUGUUCGGCCCUCCUCACCCCGAUGGUCCCACUGGGCCCGGCGGCCCCAGCGGCCCUGGCGGUUCUUGGGGCCCUGGCGGUCCCUGGGGACCUGGUGGUCCUGGGGGUCCCUGGGGCCCCGGGGGACCUGGCGGUCCUGGUGGUCCCGACGGUCCCGGUGGUCCUUGGGGCCCCGACGGUCCUGGUGGUCCUAGUGGUCCCGGUGGUCCCUGGGGCCCUGGUGGUCCCGGCGGUCCCGGCGGUCCUGACGGUCCCGACGGCCCUCCUCGCGAUCCCUUUGACGGCCCAUUCUUUCGUCCCGACAGGCUUGACGGGUCCGACAGGCCAGUCCGGCCCGACCACCCCGACAAGCCUCAUCGCCCCGACGGGCCCGACAGGCCUGUCCGCCCCGACUGGCCGCACGGCUCCCCGCGCGUUUUUUUCGCUUCCGCCGACGCCUCAGACGAAUCCCGCCGGGGCGGACCUUUCGGCCCAUUCGAGCCCCCGUUCGGCCCGCAUCCCCCCUUCGGUCCGCACUCGCACCCGCAUCCGCAUCCGCCGUUUCCGCCGCCUCCCCCUCCCCCCGGCGCGAUUCAGCUGACGUUUGAGCUGCUGGCGGCUGUGGGGCGCGCGAUUCGCGUGCUGUACAGGCCGGGCGCAGAGGCGACAACGGGGGAAGAGCUGACCUGCGGAGAGUGCGUCACGAGGGUGACUGAGAUUCUUCUGAGGGCUCUCUCUAACGACAUUAACACCACCAUUUGCGCUGAAGACGCGCCUGCAGCAGCAGCAGACCCUCCCCACCGCCACUUUUGUCGCCUCUUUGCCAACCUCACCACAGCAUCAGCCAUUGGCAUUUUCGACAAGAUUCACAUCAACCCGCUCUCCAUGGCUGUCUCGGUCUGUGCCAAGUUCGGGCCCUGCAUGCCCAAACCUCACGCUCCCGAAGCGAAUUCCGAGGCUGCUACCGAACCUGAGGUCCUGGUUGAGGAGAAUGAUGUUUCCGAGCCUGGUGCCGAGGCUGAUACGGUUGAGGUGCUUGCUUCGGACGAUGCACCUGUGAAGAUUCGCGUCGCAACACCCUCACGCCGACUCCUGGGCCAAGAAGGCCGCAUGGACAUGGACAUGGGAGGCAUGCACAUGGCCAUGAACAGCAUCGGCAUGCUGAUGUCAUCGUCCGUUCCGGAACCUUCCACAGGAGCUUCCGCUGGUGCGGCUGCUGAAGGAGAAAAAGACAGGGAGACGGAGGAAGGGGGAGAAACCUGCGACACGUGCAUCAUCGAGGGGUUCCAUCUGAUCGAAUCCUCAGUCCGCGCCAAGAUCAAGUGGAUUUGCAGCCACGCAGAGGACGAGCACGCGCCCCCGCACAUCAGGGCUGUCUGCAGGUUUAUCCACCAGCACCCGUACCUCGCUAUGGUGGUCUCCGUUAUCCACAUCAAGCCGUGGGAAAAGGUCGUUCCCGCGUGCUUUCACAUGGGCGCGUGCAGGCCUCCCCACCCUCCUCCGCAUCCUCCCCAUGGGCCCUGCCCGCCUGGGCAAGACUGGCCCCCCCCGCCCUGCCCCCCUGGGGAAGACUGCCCCCCUCCUCCCCCCUGCCCCCCUGGCCAGGAUUGCCCUCCUCCGCCCUUCCCCCCUCCCGCCUGCCCCCACACUCCCCUCCCCAACAACGCCGUGCCCCUCCCCAUCCUCUCCACUCUCGACCUUAACAUUUUCCGCCCGCCUCCGCCCUUCCCCCCUCCCUUCCCCCCUCCCUUCGCCCCUCCAUUCGCUCCUCCCUUCUCCCCUCCCUUCCGCCCUCCUUUCCCUCCUCACCCCUCCGGUCCUCCCCCCCCAUGCUCCCUCUUUGGGUUCCUCCGUGCUGCUGGAAGCUUCCUUGCCCGCUUCCUCGGUCUCCCUCCCCCCCCUCCCCCCCCGCCGCCGCCCUGCCCGGGGAACGAACCUGGGGCGCUUUUAGCUAAGUAUUUCUUAGCUGAGAGCCAGAUGGUGGGGAAAGCUGUGGCAGAAGAGAGUGGAGAGGAGAUUUGGGAAGAUGCGAGCUCUGGGAUCGCAAAUAGUAUAGCACCAAAGAAAUGGCACAUCGUUGUCUUGUUCGAUGUUGGUGUCGCAACAUGA